AUGGUUAAGAUAACUUUACUUCUUGUGUGCUUCGUCGGAGCUGCAUAUUGCACAAAAGGCGGCUAUGGCAGCGGUGGAUAUGGCAGUGGUGGUGGUGGUGGAGGUGGCGGAGGAGGAUUUGGAUCAGGCGGUGGUGGCGGAGGCUUAACAUUACUAUUAGGAGGAGGAGGAGGCGGAGGAAGAGGAGGAGGAGGCGGCGGUGGUGGUGGAAAAGGAGGUUAUGGCUCAGGAUAUGGUGGAAGCAGUGGAUAUAGUGCUGGGUAUGGCAGCGGUGGAUCUGGUGCUGGAGGCAUUGGUGCGGGGCUCUUGUUAUCAGGAGGAGGAGGCGGAGGAGGAGGAGGCGGUGGAGGCGGAGGAAAAGGAGGUUAUGGAUACGGUGGUGGAAGCAGUGGAGGAUACAGUGUUGGGUAUGGAGGUGGUUGUAGUGGUGGCGGUUGUGGCGGAGGAUUUGGAUCAGGUGGUGGUGGCGGAGGAUUGGUAGUAGGACAACUUGUAUCUGUAAUUGGAACUGGUGGUGGUGGCGGAUCUGGAAAUGGUGGUUCCAGUGGUGGAUACGGAUAUGGUGGUUCCAGUGGUAGAUACGGAUAUGGUGGUUCCAGUGGUGGAUACGGAUAUGGUGGUUCCAAUGGUGGAUACGGAAAUGGUGGUUCCAGUGGACCUGCAUUUAUUGUUGUGUCAGGUGGAGGCUCCGGAGGAGGUUCCGGUGGCGGUUCCGGUUGGGCGUCCGGUGGAGGUUCCGGUUGGGCUUUCGGUAGAAGUUCCGGUGGGUCAGGUGGAAAAGGAUAUUCAUACUAA